GUUUAGUUGACGUGAAAACAUGCUCGAUGCAACCAUGCUGCUUCCACGGAUAUUCGCGCCUCUCCGAAUGGUUAUAAGACUAUCCUCAGCGUCUCUUGUAUCAUCGGUCCGCGUCGACAUACUGCGCGCCGCCAAUGGCUCCUUCAUCCCCUCCCCGACCCUCGCGUUCGUACGACACGCAUCUCAUCAGACCCAAGGCCGAGCCAAUGGCGCCAAACAAGGGCCUGGCAAACGGCUAGGAGCGAAGAAGUCUGGCGGAGAAUAUGUAAUUCCUGGCAACAUCAUCUUCCGGCAACGCGGAACAGCUUGGUUUCCUGGGGAAAACUGCGCUAUGGGCCGCGAUCACUGCAUCUACGCGACUAGAUCUGGCUACGUUCGCUACUAUCGUGAUCCGCUAAAGCACCCAAUGCGCCAGUACAUUGGCGUGGUCUUCGAGAAACACGAAACGCUGCCAUACCCUCCGAAUGCUGCACGAAGAAGACGGCUGGGCAUGCUUGCUGUCAGAACCCAAUCAGAGCCAGAGACGCUUGAAGGUCAGCUUGUGGUAGGCGAUUUUCAGGGCGGAGAUGGGAUGGAGAACAACACAGACAUUACGGCUUUGCCACGAGACAGGACGUCAAGCAAGCUAGUAAUGAGCAGGGGAUACACUUUCCGUGAGACUAAUUGGGAUAUUGGUCGCGCAGCGGAGAGGGCAAAUGUCCAGACCAAGAUGUUCAUCCCCGGAGAUCGAUGGACUGCCUGGCGGAAGUCAAAGGCUAGGAAGGAGGCAAAUGCAGAGAAGAAGCGAUUACGUGGAGCAGGUAAGAAGCCUAUAAAGUCGAAGAGGAAGAGGUAGAGUAGUUGGUGUUUACCUUAG